CGCGCGGUGGAUCCUAACAUUGCAUCGUCUGCUGGCGUGCCGGGGCCACCAGUUUCCCUCCCUUCCAUCCUGGCGCCCCCUGGCCCUGGUUCCGCAGCCGCUCUGGCCCGGGCGCCCCCUCCCUGCGGGCUCAGCGGGCUCAAUCUGCGCAGCGUCUCCACCAUGUUGACCAAGCCUCUGCAGGGGCUCCCCGCCUCCCCCAUGACUCCCACGCCGCCGCCAGGAGGCAAGAAUCGGGAAGCAUUCGAGGCCGAGUACCGACUCGGCCCCCUUCUGGGCAAGGGGGGCUUCGGCACUGUCUUCGCGGGACACCGUGUCGCAGACCGACUUCAGGUGGCCAUCAAAGUGAUACCCCGGAAUCGUGUGCUGGGCUGGUUUCCCUUGACAGACUCAGCCACAUGCCCACUCGAGGUGGCACUGCUGUGGAAGGUGGGUGCAGGUGGUGGGCACCCUGGCGUGAUCCACCUGCUUGACUGGUUUGAGACACCAGAAGGCAUCAUGCUGGUCCUUGAGCGGCCUUUGCCUGCCCAAGAUCUCUUUGACUACAUCACAGGAGAGUGGUAUAGGAGAAAGGCAUUAUCAGAGAGUGGUCUAACCUUCAGCUUGCAUACAGGAACAAGGGUGUACAGCCCCCCAGAGUGGAUCUCUCGACACCAGUAUCAUGCGCUGCCGGCCACCGUCUGGUCCCUGGGUAUCCUCCUCUAUGACAUGGUGUGUGGGGACAUUCCCUUUGAGAGGGACCAGGAGAUUCUGGAGGCUGAGCUCCACUUCCCUGACCACGUCUCCCCAGACUGCUGUGCCCUAAUUCGCCGGUGCCUGGCUCCCAAGCCCUCUGCCAGGCCCUCACUGGAGGAGAUCCUGCUGGACCCCUGGAUGCAGACACCAGCUGAGGAUGCACCCCUCAGCACCCCCAAAGGAGAUCCCACCCCCUUGGACUGGUCCCUCCUCCUCAAGGUCCCAUUCUUGCAGAUUCCCGCGGGCGCCCCAGGGGGCGGGGCCUAG